AAUUGAAACUGCACCGGAAGUGUUUGUAUCCAAUAGUAAAUGUCGCGGAUUUAUUUGAUUGUUAGCUUGUGUGUUUACGAUGCAGCAGCGGGAAGAAAAACAACUGGAAGCGUCGCUGGAGUCGCUCAUCACGCAAGUGGCGCACGUCAAAAAUGCUCUUCACUCGUUCAUCUUCAAGCUGGAGAACGAGUACGAGCGGCUCACAUGGCCGUCGGUGCUGGACAACUUCGCUCUGCUGUCGGGUCAGCUGAACACCAUCAACAAGCUGCUGAAGAACGACAAGACGCCGUCGUUCCGUAACCAGCUCAUCAUCCCGCUGCUGCUCUCUCAGGACCGCGACGACGACCUGGCGGUGAGACGAGUUCGUGGACUAAACGCCGAAAGUGACGGAGCAGCGCGUGCCCGUCUUCAGCCACGAGAUCGUCCCCGACUACCUGCGCACCAAACCCGAGCCCGAGGUGGAGGAGCAGGAGAAGCAGCUCAGCGUGGAGGCGGCGCGCAUCGGGCCCGAAGUGGCGCAGAAACAGAUCCAGACCUUGAACAAGUUGUGUUCCAGCCUGCUGGAGAAGCUGAGCAACCCGAGAGACGAGCGAGACGGCGAAAGCGCGGCGGCGCGUCCGAGCAAGUCCUGGUUCAACCCGGCCGACACCAGCGCCCUGGUGGGCGCGGUGGCGUUCGGCAAAGGCCUGUCCAAGUGCCGCCCGCCCGGGCCGGCCGGAGCCGCGGCCGGCCCGGGCGCCGGGCCCAGCCUGCAACAGGUCACCAUCGGGGGCGCCGGCGGCCAGCUCCCCGGGGGGCCCCCGCAGCAGCAAGGACAGCCGGGGAAGCUUCCGGGCAUCAAGACGAACAUCAAGUCGGCUUCCAUGCAUCCUUACGGCAGGUGAGGCCCCGCCCCCCUGCCGAUCAGCCUCGUCGCCACCAUGAUGGCAGCGCGUUGACACGCUUCCCUUUCCGGGCAAGGAAACGCCUUCUUUUUUUUGUUCGUUUGUUUGAUUGAAUAAAAUCCUGAUUGAAAACGAA